AUGGAGUUUCUUUCCACAACAAUCCUUCUCUUAUUUCUGUUUCCUUACUCAGUCAUCUGUCAACAAUUAUACCUUAACACAACUGUCACUGAUUGCUCAAACAACCCUUCAGCACCAAAAGGAUACCUAUGCAAUGCCCCUCAAAGGUCAUCAUCAUGCAAUUCAUUCUUAGUUUUCAGGUCCAAACCUCCUUAUGACAAUCCUAUAACUAUUGCAUACCUUCUUGGUUCUGAAGCAUCAACCAUUGCUUCAAUCAACAACAUCUCAACAGAUACCAAACUUCCUUCCAAUAAAACAAUCAUUGUCCCUACCCUUUGUUCAUGUUCUGGAAAUAUCUACCAACAUAACACCCCUUACACUGUCAAAAAAGGUGAUACCUACUUUCAAUUGGUAACUGAAACUUACCAAAGCCUCACAACAUGUCAGGCGUUAAUGGGUCAGAAUUACUAUGCUUCUGUUAACAUUACAAUUGGUGCUGAGCUCACAGUUCCAUUGCUUUGUGCUUGUCCUACGACAAAACAGAUGGUGAAAGGGAUCACGUCCUUGCUGGUUUACACAGUGAAUCAUGGUGAAACUGUUGAAUCUAUAGCAGAGGCUUAUGGUGUUAAUGAACAAAGUAUACUAGAAGCAAAUGAGUUGCAAGUGGCACCACCUGAAAACAGAAGGGUGAACCUCUUUGCCUUGACACCUAUAUUGGUUCCUCUUAGUGGCAAGAGUUGCAAAGAGGAUCCUGAUAGUUUCUAUUGUACUUGCUCUCAAGGAAGGCUUGCAGAUGGAAGCUGUAAUGAAUCUCAUGGUCAAAAGUUUCCUGCCAAAUUGGUUGCUGCAUUAGGGGUUGGAAUUGGUGCACUCUUUCUGAUUUUGUUUCUUUUGGGUUACAAGUUAUAUCAAUAUAUACAGAAAAGAAGAGCGAGUAUUCGUAAGGAAAAGCUAUUCAGACAAAAUGGUGGUUACUUGUUACAAGAGAAGUUAUCAUCUUACGGGAAUGGAGAAAUGGCAAAUCUUUUUACAGGAGAGGAGCUUCAGAGGGCAACCGAUAACUACAGCCAGAGUAGGUUUCUUGGUCAGGGUGGCUAUGGCACGGUGUACAAAGGAAUGUUACCAGAUGGAACAAUAGUAGCAGUUAAAAAGUCGAAACAGCUUGACCGGAACCAAGUAGAAGCUUUUGUUAAUGAAGUGGUCAUCUUAUCUCAAAUCAACCACAGAAACAUUGUUAAACUCCUAGGAUGUUGUCUUGAGACAGAAACUCCAUUACUUGUCUAUGAAUAUAUUAAUAACGGAAAUCUUUCCCAACACAUACAUAGGAGAGACAAUGAAUCACCCCUUUCAUGGGAAAUUCGCCUACGAAUUGCGUGUGAAGUUGCUGGAGCAGUGGCAUAUAUGCAUUUUUCAGCUUCUAUUCCAAUCUUCCACAGAGACAUCAAACCAACCAACAUACUUCUAGACAGUAACAAUGGUGCUAAAGUGUCUGAUUUUGGAACAUCGAGAACAAUUCCACUAGAUAAGACUCAUUUAACUACAGCUGUUGGAGGCACUUUUGGCUACAUGGACCCUGAAUAUUUCCAGUCCAAUCAAUUUACAGAUAAGAGUGAUGUAUAUAGUUUUGGUGUUGUUCUUGUAGAGAUUAUAACCGGUAGAAAGCCAAUAACGUUCAAUGAUGAAGAUGAGGGUCAGAAUAUGACUGCACAUUUCCUUUCUGCGAUGAAAGACAACCAACUUUCUGAUGUUGUAGACAAGACAGUGCUUAAGGAAGCAAGAAAAGAUGACAUUCUUGCUAUUGCAAAUCUUGCAAUGAGGUGUUUGAGACUUAAUGGUAAGAAAAGGCCAACAAUGAAAGAGGUUUCAGCAGAAUUAGAAGCACUGAGAAAGGUACAAAGUUUUAUAUAUAUCCAAGAUGAUCAGAAGAAACCAAGUGAUGAGCAAUUAUUUGAGCAUUCAACUAAUGACAUAUUUCGGGAGUCCAUAGUGGAAAGCUUUUCAUUAUCUUCUCAAAUGGAGUCCACAUCCUUGUAA